GUAACACCAGAAGCAUUUCCGGUUUAGACGUAAAUGAAACUAGACAAACGUGUGUUCAAGAAUUUACUUCUAUUUAGGUAUAUAUAUAUAUUUAAAAUUCUAGCCUUGUGGUUUUAGUUGUAGUAUUAUGACAGAAGAGUCGCUUCAUUACGAUCGAAAUAAGCAGUAAUUUGGCGGGUUUCGGGACAGUAACCUUGGUGUGAUAUUGUUGUUUCCCAGCAUUCAUCAUGUCAGCUGUCAGCUUUUUACCGGCGAAGUCCCUGAAGGCAGCAGUUCUGUCCCCGCGUGGAUGGCUUGUGUCAGCACGCAGCACCUUUAGGAAAGCAAGGAUCCUCAAAGAGGUGUUUGCUGAGAGAUCAAAAGAGCACGACAAAUAUGGUGGUGACCCAGACCAACCCCACAAACUGCACAUAGUGACUCGGGUGAAGAGCACCAUGCGCAGGCCGUACUGGGAGAAGGAGAUGGUGAAACACCUCGGCCUCCAAAAGGCACAUGUACCAGUAAUUCACAAAAACACACCUGCAGUCAACAGCCAACUAAAGUUUGUGAAGCAUCUUGUGAGGAUCCAGCCUCUGCAGACUCCCUAUGGGCUGCCCGCUGAGCAGGACAUGGCCGACGCCUUCCUCAACAGCAAGGGCGAGCUGAUAGUGCGGCGCCUUCUCCAACCGGUCGCCCGAAUCAGCGAGUCUUAGCUUCGUCGUCGCUUUGUGAUCCAGUGUUCAAAAGUUGCUUAAAAAAUAAAGUUUUUGGUUUUGCUGUAGUGUGAAAAUAAUGA